GUCAAUCAAUCAGUCAGUCAGCGAUGACAUGACAGCGCGAGUUGUGGUGUUUGUGUUUCGCGAGUUAUAAAUCACUAAAUUACUCUUUUUAUCUUAUUUCUGUGUAACAGUCGGUAAACAUUACUUAAAUUAGUAGAUUUAUCAGUUCAAAAUAGGCAAAUAAGAUAAACUGUUAUGUGUAAUAAGUGACCGAGUGUGUGAUACAAGAGAUGCUGUAACGACACUGCGCGGCGAUGAAACACCACGCCAAUGGCCACAUGACCCUGAACGAUUACCUGAUGAUGUAUCUGUCACGAUGGAAGCGAGUGGCAGUGGUACUACUGGUCAUAUGGAUAGUUGUCACAUAUUUAUUUAUAGCCCCGCUCAGGUGCACAGGUAACACAGAUGAAGUGACAGAGUUCCAGGAGAGGUUACGGAGGGUGUCCUCUCAACUGGACGUACUGAAGCAGCAGCACAAUAACCUUAUAGGGCAGAUCAAGAAGUCACCAGGGUUAAGAAGCAAUCUCAAAGACCUAGACCCCAGUCUCCUCCUAGACUCAGGGCAAGGCCCAACAGAAGAAUACGAGAAUCUCAGACGUCGAAUACACUCCAACACAAAAGAGCUGUGGUACUAUAUCAGCCAUGAGCUCAAUAAUGUUAUGAAGAGUAGUGAGAAUAGAGAAGAGAAAUUACUUGCUGUUUUACAGCAAAUUAACGAGAGGCAAAGCUCCCUCCAAUCAGACCAAGAGAAGCUUCCGGAGCUGGACGGCUACCACGAGUGGCGUAAAAUCGAGGCGGCCAACGUCAGCGACCUCAUACAGAGGCGGCUUUACCAUCUGCAGAACCCGUCAGAUUGUAAAGACGCGAGGAAGGUCAUCUGCAACUUGAAUAAGGGCUGCGGCUUCGGCUGCCAACUCCACCACAUCGUCUACUGCUUGAUAUUCGCGUACGCCACCGAGCGGACCCUGGUCCUCAACUCCAAGGGCUGGCGGUACAACAACAAGGGCUGGGAGUACGUGUUCCACCCCGUCUCCGACACCUGCACUAGCUCGUACGACGACCCCGUGGUGCAGUGGUCAGUAUCUCACGACGCCAAAGUGGUAUCGCUUCCCUUCAUAGAUUCGAUAUCGCAGAAGCCCAAGUUUCUACCACUAGCUGUGCCCAAGGACUUAGCUCAUAGAAUAAUCCGUUUCAACGGUGACCCGUCUUCCUGGUGGAUCGGGCAGAUACUCAAAUACAUCCUGAAGCCGCGGCUCAGUAUGCAGAAAGCUAUCAAUGAAACUAUAGCUAAGAUGAACUUCAACACUCCUAUAGUAGGAGUACACAUAAGAAGAACGGACAAAGUUGGCACAGAAGCCGCCUUCCACCACAUUCAUGAAUAUAUGUCGCACGUGAAGAGCUACUACGACCGGCUCGAGUUGACGCAACAUGUCGGCAUCAGGCGGGUUUAUCUCGCCACCGACGACGCUAAUGUCCUAGAAGACGCCCGUAAAAAAUACCCAAAUUACGAGUUUUUGGGCGACCCUACGAUCGCCAAAACUGCGGCCACGCAUCGGCGAUACACCCCUGUGUCACUCACAGGACUGUUGGUUGAUUUACACAUGCUGUCUAUGUGUGAUUACCUCGUCUGUACCUUCAGUAGUCAGGUGGGCCGCGUAGCAUACGAGAUGAUGCAAGCGAACCGCGUCGACGCGUCGGACAGUUUCUUCUCACUAGACGACAUUUAUUACUUCGGCGGGCAGAACGCUCACGACCGAGCGGCCAUCAUGCCGCAUGAACCGAGUAACAACCAGGAGAUCGCUGUACAGGUUGGAGAUCUAAUAGGCAUCGCCGGCAACCACUGGAACGGUUUCGGGCGAGGCACCAAUAGGAGAACAAAUAUGAACGGACUUGUCCCGUGGUACAAGACGGCGGAACACCUCGUGCUGUACCCCUUCCCCGAGUACAAACACGUGCCCCUCCACGACACGCGGCAGGGGGACUUAUAGACCACACUGUAGUAGACAAUAUCGCUAACUGUGUAGGCACAGUAGGAACAAAAAUGUCCCUUUACACUUGUAGAUCGUGCUAGUAGACUAUUACAUGAUCUAUCUCUUUCUGGAUACUAGAGUAUCCAAUAUAAAGAUAUAAGACAGUAGUAACUCUUCUAACAAACGUACGCCGCGCGGUUUCUAUGUGUGCGCGCCGCACAGGCAACACAUGUAAGCGGAUAAAAAAUAUUCUUUCUCGUUCACUCUUAUCCGCUUACAUGUGUUGCGUGCGAACACAGCACACAUACAUACCGUGCGGCGUAAAUUUGUUAGAAGAGUUAUUACUGGUCUUAUACUAGCCAAUAUAGCCAACUGCAUUUAAGAGCAGGGUACGUAGCCGAAUGGCACAAACGCUCACGAAACGAAACGCUCGUAGAUAUCUAUCUCUAUCACUCUUGCGUGUUGGCGCGACAGAGCCAGACUACCUUUCGCGGCGUUUCGUUUUCGUUUCGCGUCGGAGAAAUGCCAUUCGGCUACGGGGCCAGGUGAGGAAAGUUGGUCAUGGCAUUUAUCGCGCGACCAUGCUUGCCUACCUGUGAUUUGCGCUUUGCUUGUAUACAAACAUGUCCGUCUACACAACUCCCGGCAGGGGGAUUUAUAGACUACACAAUAGUACCCAAUUCUCCUGGCGAUACCUUAUACUUUAUCCAAUGGUGAAUUUUAGUACUACAACAAUGGUUCAAGAGCAGAAUCAUUACGUGGUAAAAAAUAGCCAAUCAUAUUGUCAUUUUAGUAUCGGAAAUUUUUACCUAAGAAUAAAAUCAGGCUCAAGAACUUACACUGCCGUUUUAAGAAACACAAGGUUUGACAAAAAUGAUAAACCUUAUUUUUCAUGUACGAUUUGUCAAAAUAGUCGAUAUUGUACAUUAUAAGUACGUACGACGUUUUUAGUACAGAUGGCCCUUUGAAGAUUCGAACUGACAUAUAUUAUAAUGAACCACUUCUCGCACUAGUGCGUAAAAAAAACAUCAUCUGUACUGAAAAAUACAUUUAGGUCAUGAAGUAAGCCAUGUUAACUCAUUCAAUAGGUGGAUGAUAAUAAUAUAUGGGCAUUUAUAACCAACUUUGACUACGUUUCACUAAGAUUUUUUUUUAUUAUUAGAAAUGGGCUUACUCUUGGCCACAGACUAGCCAAAGGCAAAGACGUGGCCUACGAUGGAGUGAGCUCGCCCAGAAGAUGCCUGUUCACUCUUGAUUUGAAGGUUGCCGGGUUAUAUGAGCUCGGAAAUAUCUAUACAUUCUGAGGAAAAUACAGUAAUUUUUGGAAAUUUUACCAUAUUUUUUUCAAGGCUCAAGAAAAUCCUACUCGAAGCGGUCGGUAGCAAUAGGCGAGACGACUAAAAAAAACUACCAUUUAAUCAGUCAGUUGGAUCAUAAAAAAAAAUUUGGACACAUUUUUUCUUUUUUCUCGUAAACGAAAAAUGACGACGGUACAGUGCGUUAAGUUUCGUGUGACGUCACGCCUAGGUACCUACAAUGUUUACCUAAAAGUGACGUCACAAGCCCCCACUCCGGAAGUUUGAUGCCCUGUAUCUUUGUAUUUUUUCAUUAACUAGAUAAACAGAAAAAUAUCUGUUCUGUAUUUUUAGACGAUCUAACUGACGGACUAAACAGAGUACCAUUUUUUUAUAUAUUGUUAUGACGGAUUUUGAACUUUAUAUAACAGCCAAUAAAGGGUAACAGCCGAUUUUACUUCAUACUCAGUAUCUAGACUAAUAAAUGAAGGUAAAUAUUCCUUAUACCGGAUCCCCUACUAUAUGUUAGCUUGUUCCAAAAUAGGUCCCCAAUAUAAAACCUGCACGUGCAAUGUUUAUUAGGCCUAGAUAUGACCCCUAUGAUUUCCAUAUAUUAUACAUCUUGUUAUACUGGAACCAUAGUUUAUGUACAUAAUUUAAAACAUGAGAAACCGUAGAGGAAGGUAGAGUUGUAACUCCAUUCGUCAGUAAAUGUGAGUUAUUUGUAUAGGCAUUGGUGACAUCUAGCGACAAUCACGCGUCAACUAGCGUAAAUUAUCAGUACUGCUACUUGUCAAUAGA